AUGGUAAAUUUAGCCAGAAACAAACUUCAAGGCCCGAUCCCUACUCAGCUCGAGAAUGUUAAUGUCAUCGAUUUGACACUUAACAAUUUCGUAGGCUCAAUUCCAUCACAGAUAGGAGAAGCUCUUGGUAUCAGGCCCAUAUCAUUAUCUGGAAACAAAACUCACGGUUCCAUACCUGAAUCAUUUUGCCAUGCAUCUAACGUCCACCAGGUUCUUGAUCUGUCUAAUAACAGCUUGUCAGGAACCAUUCGACGUAAUUUGGGAAACUGCAAGUCUCUCAUUUACCUUAAUCUUGGACAAAACAAGCUCACUGGAAGCGUUCCAGAAGAAGUCGAACGCGUUACAAGCCUUCGUUACCUUGACCUGAACGGGAAUCAGUUCAAAGGAUCUUUUCCAGCAGUGAUUGAAAACUUCCAAGAUUUGGAGAUUCUGAACUUGGCAGGCAACAGAUUUGAAGGGAAGAUACCAAAGUUCAUUGGUGAUCUACGCAGCCUCCGAACAAUCUGUCCGGUCCCAUUCCUGAGAAUUUCGAUGGCGAAAAGGCAAAAUGAGGCAACUAUCUUAGGUUAUGUUUACUCACUCAAGUUCACCGGUGCUCAGCUAGAAAUAGUCACCAAAGGACGGACACAUUGGCUUGAGUCUGUGUAUUCCUACAACACUGGAUUCGACCUCUCGAGCAAUGUUCUUACAG